AUGACCAAGGAGGAGAUCUUUGCGGACUACCUCCGCAUGUGCGAGAACGACCACAAGGCGCCCCUCAUGGCGUCGAUGUUCGGUAAGCUCGUACACCGCGCCUUCCCCGGCCUACGCAGCUCGCGCCUGGGCGCCCGCGGUCAAUCCAAGCACUGCUACAAGUGCCUUCGCCGACGGUCGCCUACCACAACCACAGCCAACCCGCCACCCUCAUCAAGAUCCACCGCCACAGCGACGAGUCGGCCCCGGUCGGCCACCUAUCCGACCAGCUCGACCGCGCCGACAUCAUCGGUGGGUCACUCGCUGAGCUCCACCAUACUGGCGACGGUGGCCCAUCGCAGGAGCCGUGACAAGGAGGAGGCGCCCGAGAAGAAGCCCGCGGAGCCGCGUCGGGACCAGUUAUCAACUUCUUCGCCGUGGCCGGCGACCACUUGCACCACUAACUCGUCGACCCCGCCUACGUCGCCCACGUCGAGCUACUACCUCGGCAGCCUCGGUUCCACGUCGUCUCCACGGACCACCUGUGGGUCAUCGCCUCCUCGGCUCGUCGACGUCAAUUGGCGCCCACAGAUCCAGCCGACGGGGCCGGUCAAGAGCGAGGGAAGCUCUCCUCUGCUCCACUACGCGGCCCAGACGAACGCUUCGUUUGUCCACCCGCUCGGCUUCGCUAACCACCAGUCAGCCUGCGAACAUUCCGCGCAUUCCUCAUCUUCUGCACUGGCCGACGUCGGCGUCGGUCAGCAUGCGGACCAGCUGACUCGUAUGGACCCACCGGCCUACAUCAGUCCGCUCGAGGUGGACUACUUCCAGCUCUCCGACCUCUCCGACUUCUGCCCCUCUCCCACCUUGACCACGCCCACCUCCGUGGCGCCUUCGACCACCACCCCAACAUCAACAACUUCCGCAUCGUCGUGGUCUUCGGGCGUCGACGACAUCGAGAGAUUCCGCUCAUUCCUGACGGGCUUGGCCCAUGGCGACAUCGGCCUCCCGGGCGAGGACUACCGCAACUUCGGCGCAAGCACCUCCCCCGACCUCCUUUUCCGCCAAUACAGGCGGCUCGACUCCGCUGGCUCAAGCCCUGUUGCGACCCACAUGUGGCUCCAUCCGGGGUUGUCCCUCGACACCUCCCACCACGGCGUAAUGUAA